AUGGUAGCUGCCUCACCCAUAGAGGCUCCAUUAACAACCGCCAUGAGCAAGUAUGCACAAGGGUCGAUCUACUUGGGUAUGGAGGUGGACAGUCGCUCUGGAUCCGAUCCGGCGAUGUCGCAGGCCACACAUCAUCCCUCCUCCGUUGAACGGCGUCUCUUGGUCCCUACUCAAUGUCUCCGAGUACAAGGAAUGAUCUCCGACAGCCAAUGCGAUGUGCCCUAA